AUGCUAUCGACUUUGUCCAAAGAUUUCUUCGAUGAGAUCUCACGAUACUCAGCUGUAUAUCGAUAUCUUGACGAAAGGGAAUGUCUCGAAAAUUUAAUGGCCAAACUAACGUGGGAGCAAUUCUGCGCACAGCAAUAUUGCGAUGUCACUCAACGAGUGCUGAAGGUGGCGAUACCAGUUGGGAUACUCGGUGUGGCCGCUUUUGUCUGCUAUUAUUCAUGGAAGAAAACACGAAAACAGGAAGCUUCCUAUGACGAGCCACCACUCCCAAAAGAGUCAAUUGACACUUCAGGGACAGCAAAAGAGAGAGUGAUUCGAGCGAUGAAUAAACUCAACAAUGAUAUCCUCCAACUCAAUACAAUUAUUGGAAACUGUGAUUUGGAGCUAGUUGCUUACACGGAAACCGAUUUCUCAAAGACAGCCCGUUUGGAACAUCAUCGGAAGAAUCUCGUUGUCAUGCUUGACAAUUUGAUCCAUCACGAGGUCGACUCAAUGUCUGAUGCUUUGUCAACACUGCGACCCAUCUCUCCAAUGCUACAAAAAGGAACAUCAAAUGGGAAUGAUCUUGAGAGAAAAGAAAAAGAAACGAGGGAUGCUGAACUGAAAGCAGAAUUGGCUGAAUUGUUGGGAGAGGAGAGCAGGAAGAAUUUAUAUCUUGAUGUGAAAAAGAACGCU